AUGGAGAAUCCAGCCAAUGACACGUCGGACAGAUCUGGACCAAAGCCCAAAGGCAUACAAGAUUUGGUUAUCCAGCGUUUCGGAGACCUGGGGCGUAAAUAUAAGGCCAAAGGAACGUAUCUUCAAGAAACUGCCCAGGCUGUUCCUACUCAUGCCGCGGACUCGAAGGAAAUUCUCUACGAUCGGUUGGACUCGACCCUUCUACCUCUCUUGAAGGACCAACUCAUCGCCAUGCUGGGCUUUCUAGAGGCUGCGAAAGUCCAGGAAGAACAGGAUUCGAGCCUUAGGCGCGUGUGCGAAAUUCAAGCGGAACUCGACAACAAUAUGACUCAAAUCAUCUCUACCGUUCAUGUCCUCGCUCCGCGAUUCUCCUCUAGCUCUGAUCGAACCAACGACCAGCAUCUAAAGCAUUUGAAGAGGUAUAGGCUUUGGGAAUACAGAGGGAGUAUUUUCAGCGCAUUUUUUAGGAUUUGCGAUGUCUUUCAAGUGGCCUCUGAGUACAUCCAACCUACGGACCUCUCGAGAAGCGCUCAAAAAGAUCCGAAAUGGAAGUCAUUGAAGAUUUUGGGGAACGCGCGGUAUCUCAGGUCGAUCAUCACCUCAUCAAUCUCAUCACCCUGA